AUGCCACCGAAAGAUGACCCUAACGCAACCUCUCCGCCAAAGCAGCAGCAUCCGUCUCCGCCGAAGCCCUCGAGAUCGCGCUCCGCCUUCUCCGCCAUCACCACUGUCCCCGCCCCGGUGAAGCGCCUCUUCGACAAGUUUCCCCUCGUCACCUACUCGGCGAACGAAUUGCCGCUGCGCGCGCCGCGAGACCGCCAACGGCAUCAGCUGUACAUAUUCACGACCGAGGAUGGCGCAUUGAGCGGAGAGCCGUCUUUCAAUCCUACUUGUCUAAAAUGGCAGGCGUACUUUAAGUUCAGCGGAGUCGAUUUUGUCACGGUUGCGUCGAACAACCACGCCUCUCCCAGCGGCGCGUUGCCAUUCUUGCUGCCCGGCGGCGCCAAUGCUUCCAUUCUCGAUCAGCCGCACGUCGUACCGUCGGGCAAGCUGCAGAAAUGGGUGAUGGACAACGGCAGUACGCCCGUCGAGGAGCCGGAUGACAAUCGCUUCGAGGCAUACAUGUCACUAUUGGACCACGACAUUCGGCGAGCAUGGCUCUACACGCUCUACCUGACGCGCAACUUCGACGCCGUGGCGCAGCCGCUCUACAUCAACAGCGCGUCGAGCAACGCGAUCGUGCGGGCCAGUGUGUCGCGCGAGCUGCGGGCGGCGGCGCAGGCGGAGCUACUCAAACACGGGGCGGUGGUCGAUGCCGAGACGAUAUACUCGGCGGCCGAGGAUGCGCUGCGAGCACUGGAGUCGGCGCUGGGUGGAGACAGGUGGUUCUUCGGGGCACAGCGGCCUGGCGUAUUCGACGCUAGCGUGUUCGCGUACACACACCUGCUACUCACGCACGACUUGGGCGGCGCGGGCGGCUGGGCAAAGUCGCGGCUGGGCGAUGCGGUGAGGGCUAGACAACGGCUGGUGCGACACCAGGAGCGCGUCUCUGAAGCCUUCUUCCACCACGGCGCAUGA